AUGGCUGGCAACCAGCAGCCGAGGGUGCUGCAAGCCCUUGAUGUGGCACGGACGCAGUGGUACCACUUCACGGCGAUCGCCAUCGCCGGCAUGGGCUUCUUCACCGACGCCUACGAUCUCUUCUCCAUCUCCCUAGUCGUCGACGUCAUCGGCCAUAGGUACUAUGGUGGCCAGCCGCCUCGCGGGGUCUCCGCCGCCAUCAGCGUCAUCGCGCUCUGCGGCACCGUCCCUGGGCAGCUCGUCUUCGGCUGGCUCGGAGACAAGAUGGGCCGGAAGCGCAUCUAUGGCUACACACUGAUCCUCAUGGUCGUCUGCUCCCUCGCCUCCGGCUUCUCCUUCAGCAAGCGUACCGGCAAAAGCGUGGUGACCGUCCUCUGCUUCUUCCGGUUCUGGCUCGGCGUCAGCAUCGGCGGCGACUACCCGCUCUCCGCCACCAUCAUGUCUGAGUAUGCCAAUAAGAAAACCCGCGGCGCAUUCAUCGCCGCCGUCUUCGCCAUGCAAGGUUUUGGCAACCUUGCUGCUGGGAUUGUCGGCAUGAUCACAUCAAAAGCCUUCGAGAAAGCAUCGCCCAAUGACGUUGACUACGUCUGGCGCAUCGUCCUGAUGAUCGGCGCCAUUCCGGCGCUGCUCACCUACUACUGGCGCAUGCAGAUGCCGGAGACGGCACGUCAACGAUACUGCGACAUUUGGAUAUAUCAGUCUUAA